GCCAAUCCGUCCCUCUGAGUUCCUAAUGUUCCACCGGUGCGUGAGAGACCAGUGAGGCGUCCGACUGCAUACCUCACCGAGGGGAUCUCCCAAAGACCUCGUCGCCGCUCUUCCGGAAGCAAUGCGGGUGGCGGUGAUCGGCGCGGGCAUCAGCGGGUUGGCGUCGGCCUACACGCUUGCCAAGGCCGGCGUCGACGUGGUGCUCUACGAGAAAGAAGACUACUUGGGCGGCCACGCCAAGACCGUCACAUUCGAUGGCGUCGAUCUCGAUCUUGGUUUCAUGGUCUUCAACCGGGUAACUUACCCGAACAUGGUGGAGUUCUUCGAGACUCUGGGCGUCGACAUGGAGUUAUCCGACAUGUCGUUCUCCGUGAGCCUGGACGAAGGCAAAGGCUACGAAUGGGGAAGUCGCAAUGGUCUCUCCGGCUUGUUUGCGCAGAAGACCAACGCGCUCAAUCCUUCCUUCUGGCGAAUGAUUCGUGAGAUAGUCAAGUUUAAGGGCGACGUUCUCAUGUACCUCGAGGAGCACGAGAACAAUCCUGAUAUGGAUCGAAGUGAGACCUUGGAGCAUUUCAUCAAGUCACAUGGAUAUUCUGAGCUAUUUAUGAGGGCUUAUCUUAUUCCAAUCUGUGCUUCUAUCUGGUCAUGCCCUUCAGAAGGAGUAUUGCAUUUUUCAGCUUAUUCUGUCCUUUCUUUUUGCCGUAACCAUCACCUUCUUCAGCUCUUUGGCCGCCCCCAGUGGCUUACUGUCAAGUCACGUUCACAUUGUUAUGUCAACCGGGUUAGAGAAGAACUGGAACAUAGAUCUUGUAAAAUUAAAACAGGAUGUGCUGUGCAUUCUGUUCUGAGGACUGAUGAAGUUUCUGGCCCUACAGUAGGUUGUUGUGUGUUGGCAGCAGACCACUCAGAAGAAAUAUAUGAUGGGUGCAUAAUUAGUAUCCAUGCCCCAGAUGCUUUGAAGCUUCUAGGAACACAAGCAACAUACGAUGAGUCAAGGAUACUUGGUGCUUUUCAGUAUGUAUACAGUGAUAUUUAUCUUCAUCGUGACAAAAGUUUGAUGCCCCAAAACCCAUCAGCAUGGAGUGCUUGGAACUUUCUUGGAACUACACAGCAUGGUGUAUGUGUUACAUAUUGGUUAAAUGUGUUACAGAAUCUAGGUUCUACUGGUCGCCCGUUUCUUGUAACUCUGAAUCCUCCUCAUAUUCCGAAGCACAAGUUACUUAAAUGGUACACUAGCCAUCCUUUCCCAUCGGUUGCAGCUUCAAAAGCUUCUCUUGAGCUAGAUAAAAUUCAAGGAAAAAGAACAAUAUGGUUUUCUGGAGCAUACCAAGGCUAUGGCUUUCAUGAGGAUGGAUUAAAGGCUGGCAUUGUUGCUGCAAAUACUGUGCUUAAAAAGGACUCUAACCUGCUGAGGAACCCAAAGCAUAUGGUACCAUCAUUGAUGGAAUGUGGAGCAAGACUUCUUGUCACUAGAUUUCUUGAAACUUACAUCUCAACUGGUUGCUUAACGUUGCUAGAGGAAGGUGGCACCAUAUAUGUAUUUGAAGGUACCAGCAAAAAGAAUUGCUAUAAGUCUGUCCUUAGAGUGCAUCAUCCCUUGUUCUAUUGGAAGAUUGCUUCAGAAGCUGAUUUAGGCCUUGCAGAUGCAUAUAUAAAUGGAUACUUCUCUUUUGUUGAUAAAGAGGAAGGUCUUCUGGAUCUGUUUAUGGUUCUAAUUGCCAACAGGGAUCUUAGAAAUUCCACUGGGAAGAAUAUGAGAGGUUGGUGGACGCCAUUACUUUUGACAGCUGGAGUUGCUUCCGCAAGAUACUUUUUGUGGCACAUCUCGAGACGGAACACUAUAACACAAGCUCGUCAGAACAUCUCUCGUCAUUAUGAUCUGAGUAAUGACUUCUUCUCUCUAUUUUUGGAUGAGACAAUGACAUAUUCCUCUGCAAUUUUCAAGACAGAGCAUGAGGAUUUGAAAAUUGCCCAACUACGGAAAAUCUCUCUUUUAAUUGAAAAGGCUCAAAUCAAUGACAAGCAUGAAGUUCUUGAGAUUGGUUGUGGUUGGGGAAGUUUAGCAAUUGAGGUUGUUAAGCAAACUGGUUGCAGAUACACAGGAAUUACCUUGUCUGAGGAACAGCUAAAGUAUGCUAAAAGAAGAGCAAAAGAAGCUGGACUAGAGGAUCACAUUAACUUCAUGCUGAUCGACUAUCGCCAACUACCAAAUUAUAACAAAUAUGACCGAAUCAUAUCUUGUGAAAUGAUUGAAGGAGUAGGUCAUGAAUACAUGGAGCAGUUCUUUGGUUGUUGUGAAUCUCUUCUUGCCGAUGAUGGCAUAUUUGUCCUCCAGUUCAUAUCAAUCCCAGAUGAACGCUAUGAUGAAUACAGGAGAAGCUCUGACUUCAUUAAGGAAUACAUCUUUCCGGGAGGAUGUCUUCCUUCUUUGGGUAGAAUAACAACAGCUAUGGCUACUUCAUCUAGAUUCUGCAUUGAGCACCUUGAAAAUAUCGGCAUUCAUUACAACCAAACACUUCGAUGCUGGAGGAAUAAUAUCUUUGCGAACAAGGAAAAAAUUCUUGCCCUGGGAUUUGAUGAGAAGUUUUUUCGCACAUGGGAGUAUUAUUUCAUGUACUGCGCGGCUGGUUUUAAAUCAUGUACGCUUGCAAAUUAUCAGAUAGUGUUUUCUCGUCCUGGUAACUUAAGAGCUUUUGGUGGACCAUUCAACAGCAUUCCCGCUACCUGUUGUUGAUUUUAUAUGUUCGUUUGGUUUGUUGGUGUUGUAAAUGAUUAAAGUGGUGCUUAUGAUUACCCAUAAAAGUCGCUCGUCAUUUUCCAGAGUUUGGUUAUAUGCAGUAAUUGAUUGGACUAUGACAAGGACAAAAAUUAUCAUCUCUCUGACUCGCACAACAAACAGAGAAAACAAAAUGAUUGCAGCAUCUAUUGAACAAUCUAGUGUAUUAUCUCAUUCCAGCCAUGUUUCAGGUCGUUGAGAUUUUACAAAGAUGGGAAAGUAGUAUUAAUUGA